AAUAGAGCUGCGUUUGUCCGGGGAGACGGAUAAGAGACUCUGCACAAAGAUGGGGAGAAAGUCUAACAGAGCAAAAGAGAAGAAGGCUCGGCGUCAGGAGGAGAGGGCGGCCAUGGACGCAGUGUGCGCCAAGGUGGAAUCAGCCAAUAAGCUUGAUGACCCACUGGAGGCCUUCCCAGCCUUCAAAAAGUACGACAGAAAUGGGCUGAAUCUGCAGAUAGAGUGCAAGAGAGUGACUUCCCUCAACCCUCUGUCUGUGGAGUGGGCCUUCGAACUCACCCGCGCCAACAUGCAAACACUAUAUGAGCAGAGCGAGUGGGGGUGGAAGGAGAGGGAAAAGAGGGAGGAGAUGAACAACGAGAGGACGUGGUAUCUGCCGGCUCGUGACGCUGACUCGGCCCCUGUGGCCUUCUCUCACUUCCGAUUUGACGUGGAGUGUGGUGAGGAGGUUUUAUAUUGCUACGAGGUCCAGCUAGAGAGCAAAGUACGGAGGAAAGGGCUCGGCAAGUUUCUUAUCCAAAUUCUACAGCUCAUCGCUAACGGUACACAAAUGAAAAAAGUCAUUGUCUUCAAACACAACCACGGGGCUUACCAGUUCUUCAGAGAAGCUUUACAGUUUGAAAUUGACAAGACCUCACCGAGCAUGUCCGGUUGCUGCGGCGACGACUGCUCCUACGAGAUCCUCAGCAGGCGGACCAAACACGCCGUGGCUUUGGCGGGCCACACCCACGGCGGUGGCCACUGCGGCGGCUGCUGCCACUAA